GAGAGAUGAAUAUUAAUCGUUACCAGGCGGCAAAAAAUCUGCAACCGGCACGUUCGUUACGUACCGUACCGAACCCCGGUCGGAAUGCGCUCGGCGACUUUGGCUAUCCGCCUCAUCUGGUGGACGUGUCGCAUCAGUCGCGUGCCGGUCAAGCAGGCCCUUUGCCGAACGGGAAUCAUCAGCACAGGAAUCAGCUGCCGGUACAGUCUCAGCACCAACGAUCCAGCAGUCAAUCACGCAAACAUGAUGUGCUACGUACACCGACCGGUGGUCCGGAUGGUAUGGGUCGAUCGAAUGGUGGUACCUUUUCGCCCGGGAGUUUAACAUUUAACGCCAGCACACUUACGGUCGGUUCGCUGUACGAAGUGACCGUAUCGUACGUGCAGAAUGGACCGAAACAGUUCAUGGUGCAGUUGCGCUCAGCGGAACCGACACUGAAACAAAUGAUGGGUGCAUUGACCCGCGUACCGUUACGAUCGAUCAAUCGAAACUUGCAGCUUGGAAUGGCUUGCCUGGCCCGGUACACACCGAAUCAUACCGUCUAUCGGGCACUGAUAACGGCCCUCGGACCGGAUGGAAACUGUACCGUUUCGUACGUCGAUUAUGGCCAUACGGAAACGGGUGUACAUCCGACCAGUUUGUAUGAAAUUCCGGCUGAAUUUUUGCGCUAUGAAAUCUUUUCCACCCGGUUCGCAUUGUCGAACGUACGCCGGCUGGAGGAUGUGAAUGCGGAUGUGGCCGGCAUCUUCUCCAGGAUGGUGGCUGGAAAGGCGCUGAUGCUGAAGGUGACACCGCCGGAAGGAGCUGCGUUUGUAUCGUACUGUGAACUGUAUGAAAAUGGGGAGAAUUUAUUCGCACGGCUACAAAAACAGUGCCGGGAACAGAUUUAUAAGUAUCCACCACCGGGCAUCCUACAGCGUGGAGCCAGCUAUCGGGUGGUGAUACGGUAUAUCGAAUCGUGUGCCAAGUUUUUCGUCAGCCGAGUGGACAAUGUAGCCGUGUUUGAUGAAAUGAUGGACGAGCUGAUCGUGCACUGUCAGGGUAGCGCGAGUGUUGUGCCGGGUGUGGUGAACGUAGGCGAUGUGUACGCGGUUUCGCUCGAUCCGAACGAUUUCUAUCGGGCGGAAGUCGUUGAAACGGAACCUAAAAUUAAGGUGCGACUGAUCGAUUACGGUAAUAUCAUAACGGCACAAAGGACGCAGCUCAAACGUCUAGCGCCGGCCUUUGUCCUGCAGCGUCCGGAAGCGUUCGAAUGUUGUUUGGAAGGAUUCGAAGCGUCUACCAGCGGUGAACUCUCUACGUCCCAGCUUGAAAUGCUUGCAGAAGGUGCGGAUGGAGAUCGUAAUCCGUUCAAGCUGAUCGUUUGUGAUGUACGCGAUGGUAAAACGAUCGUAAAUUUGCUGGAUGAAUCGCAAUCGCCCGUACUGAACGUUGCGAAGAAGCUAAUGAAGCUAAAUGCACCCAUAAAGCUGCCGCAAAGCAAUAGUCAGCCGAAGCAAACCAACAAACAACGUCUUUCGGGUGGAAAUAUAUCAGCGAAUGGUGCUGCUGACCAGCUUUCGUCCAGUGGCGUCUCAUCCGGCCAUGGAGACUGUAUCGAUCUGACGAACGAUGAAUGGAGCUGUGGUCCACCGUUGCCGGGUAAUCAAAGUACCGGAUACGAUCUACAGACGGGUGGUAAUGGGGGUCAAACACCUCCUGCGCGGAAUAAUCGUUCCGGUGGUGCUGGUGGAUAUGGUCGUGAUAGCAACAACAGUAGCCGGGACUCGUCUGCCAGCAACAGUAAGCAAGACGCUAAGCGAAGUGGUGCUGGUGGCCCAACGGCAGGAGGCCGUAAUGACAUUCCAAGGUUCAACAAGGAUCGAGCCCAAAUGCCGUACUACUACGAACAUGAUGAUCGAUGUACGGAACCGUACAGCCCUCCAGGCAAUAGCGGGUUGGACGGUAACGAAGCAAAACGAAACGAACGAAACAAGAUGGAGAUUGGACGGGAUCAUCCAGUCAGCAACACUCCUACGUCUAGUACGGAAAGCUACGUACAAUCUUCGGAUGAAUUUAUGCCGUACCGUAGUUCCUUCCCGGAGCAGGUAGUAACGCUCAACACCAAACAGCCAGCCGUGCUCUCCUGGUGGUACUCGCCGGAACAGUUCUACGUUCGGUUGCGAUCGGAAGAGGACAAAUACCACGACAUGAUGAAGCAGCUGCAGAAGUACUAUCGCAACAAAGGCAACCAGCAGCUACACCAGCAACAGCUCCAACAGCAACAGUCCGACGGCAGGACCGCAAAACCACCGUCCACCGGAUCGAUCGUUGUUGUGCGCCAUCCCAAACACAACACGUUCUACCGCGGUCGGGUGCUAAAGUACAACGAUUCUGUGCAGAAGUAUAAGGUCGAGCUGGUGGACAGCGGUAACAAGCUAGCGCUCGCGGCCAACGAUCUGUGGAUGGUGGAGCGUCGCUUUACCCGGCACGCACCGAUGGCGAUCGCCUGUGGUCUGCCGGACGUUCGGAUGCGUUGUGAGGUGAAGGAACUGCAGGGUCGCAUCGAUUCGUAUCUUAGCAACGAGCGACAGUUUGAGGCCGUCUUUUUGGAGCGUACCGAAGGCCACAAAUACCACUGCAAGGUGGAUUCGCUCGGACGCGAUCUGAAGGAGCAGCUGCUGGCAGAUGCUCUCAUCGCACAGGUUUAUGUGGACAUCGAUCUCACACGCCUUAAGGGACAAACGUUAAAGCUGCAGCUAGUGGAGUUAAAAAGUUUGAACGAAUUCCGCGUGAAAUUGCUCGGACAUCAGGCGAUCUUCACCUGCCGGCAGGAUGGUUCUGAUGCAUCCGUUGCUACGGCGGACACGGUGACGAAGAUUCGGGAGCAGUGGCUCCAUAGGCACUGCCUGGCACAAGUGGUUGAUGUAUCGAAUGAUGAAAAGUUGAUACUCUCCCUAUUGCUACCGACGCUAACAGGCCAACCGGAGCCAACGAUCACCGAAAUGCCCGUAUUGUUGAGUACCUUCAACGUGUACGUUACACACGUAGAAAGUACGAACUGUCUGUACGUGCAGAAUGCUCGCUGGAGCGCAGAAAUCACUAAGCUAGCAGACGAUCUGUUCGAGUUCUACGAAAAGCAGCAGGAGCUGGUGCCGGUGGCAAAUCUCGCUAUGAAUGAAAUGUGUGCGGCCAAAUCGCAAGACGAUGGCAGUUGGUACAGGGCAAAGAUUGUUUCGCUGCAGGACAUUGAAAAGAUUGAAGUGCUGCUGGUGGAUUAUGGUUAUCGCGAGCAGGUCAAGCACAGCGAACUGAGGGUCCUCGAACCCCAAUUUCUUGAGUACAGUGCGUUUGCGCAUCGUGUACACUUGCCGAUGGCGGCCAUUGCGGAUGUGGACGAGGAGCGUAUUAAGACGGAAAUUAGUGAGCUAACCGGUUCGUACGAACUGUCGCUAAAAGUGGUCGAGUUUCGCAAUGGGAUCUGGAUCGUGGACAUUACCUCGAACGAUUAUAGCAUCGUGAGUGUGCUGAAGGAUCGUCAACUGGUGGCGGAUUUGGAUUAUGAAACUAUCCUGAACCAGCGGCAAUCUUCGACGCCAACUCCGGGCGGACCAGUACGUCCGUCGAUCGAAGAUCACGAGGCGAAGCAUCAGAAGAUAAAGGCAAAGAUCUGUCACGUGGACAAUCCGAGCCAACUGUUUAUUCAGCUCGAAAGUGAUCAGAAAGAUCUGAACCAACUGCAGGAAACGCUUCAGAUCAUUGCCUCUUCCCUGCCGCCGUUGCGUGACUUUUCCGCCGACCGGUACUGUAUCGCCCAAUAUUCUGCCGACGAUCUCUGGUACCGGGCGCUCAUCAUCGAUAGUCACGACGAUCUGAUCAUCCAGUUCGUGGACUUCGGCCACACGGAUAUUGUUACCAGCAACAAGAAGAGCACACUGCGCGACACUAACGACGAUCUGAUGCGGUGGAAAAUAUACGCCAAACAGUGCGCCAUGCUGAUCGAACCGAUGGCACCGGAGCGGUUGGUUAGCACCGACGGAGGUAGUGGCAGCAGUACCAAGCAGCAAGGACGCAAGAAAAUGACCGCCUGGAAGGAGUUAGCAACAACGAUACUGCGCGCACUGGAUGAGGUCGAGGUACAGUUUCUGGCCGAAGCGCAAGGUGUACACUACAUCAGUGUGCGUAGCAGCGAGAAGGACAUUGCGGAGAUGUUGGUGGAGAAAAAGUUGGCCACCCGGUUGCUGUACGUACCGUCCGGUCAGCGUUGCUUUACGAGCCACACGGAAUCGAUCGAUGAGUUCUAUCUGCAGCUGGAGCGUGAUGUAAAUCCGCUCGAUAUGAUGGCAAACUAUUUGGCGGAUGUGAGCAAGUUUCCGGAUGUGGAGGAGCCGAAGGUGGGCAUGAUCUGUUUGGCGGAGUUUGCGGACGAUGGACUGUGGUAUCGGGUGCAGGUAGUCGGAAUAUCGAAUGAGGGCGAAUAUGAGGUGUCGUUUUUGGACUAUGGCAAUGGUGCGACGGUCCAGAAGCUGAAGCAACUAGAACCGAGCAUUGCCGAGCUGACGCGGCUUUGCACGAAAUGUGCAUUGCGGUUGCCGGAAAAUGUGAAGAGUUGGUCGGCUGAGGCUCAGGCGAAGUUUGUCGAGCUGACGGCAAUGGGUGAGACGGUUUUUACGGUACAGUUGCACAGCCCUGGACCAUCUUACGCAACGGUUGAACUGUUCCUGGACGGUCGGAACAUUGUCGAGCAAUUGGUAGCAUUGUGCGAGAAAGGCCCCGUAUCGUCGACGGAUGUGAUGAGUUCGAGCUUUUUCCUUGGUGAUGAUAAUCGGCUCGACGAUAGCUACCAGCUGGAGGACGAUAAGGUGCACAUUAGCCACGUGAACUCGGCGGCCGAAUUUUUCAUCCAGUUUAACAAUAGCUUCGAUGCGCUGCGCAACAUGGAGGAACUGCUGGCCGCUAAAGCGAAGCACUGCGAACCCAUCGCGAAGGCUGACAUUCGGAAUGGAUUGUUCUGCUUGGCACAGCUCGUGCACAAUGGGAAGUUUUGCCGGGCACUUGUCCUGUCGGAGGUGCACGGUGGACAGGCCACGUACCAUCUUGUGCUGCUGGUGGACUAUGGAUAUCGGGCGGCUGCAACCGAUCUACGGAAAAUGCCUCCCAGCAUUGAGGAGAUGUCCCGGCUGGCUAAGAAAUGCUGCCUCGAGCAUUAUCUGCCAACGGACGAAGUUGCGCUUGGCGCUGUACGCUGGAGUCUGCUGCGUAGUCGUCUAACAGAAUUGGCCGACUCCGGGAAGGCUGUUUUUACGUUCGAAAUAGUCCGUAAUGAUUGUGAUCCGCUCAUUAUACGACUAUUCACACCGGCCGGUGUUAACGUGGAAGAUCUGCUAAGGGAUGAUGGCGCGGCAGCCAGUGGUGACGAUACGAUCAACAGCCUCGUUGCGGUGUCGCCCAGCAAUGCUAGCGGAAGCAAUGCAGGAGGAGGAGAAGCGCAACGGCGAGCAAAACCGAAACAGGCAUUUUUCCGGGCGCACAGCGAUCUAGAAUUUUUGGAGAAUUGUGAAGCAUUGUCUGCAGCACCGAUUGUUGAAGACUGA